CGGGACCAAAAUGUGGUUUUAAAAAAAAUUUACGGCUGACGUCCCUUUCCAAAUCCGGGUGUGUGUACCACGCCCCUUUUUAAAGUUAGUACAGAUGUAACAGGUCCGAUUCCAAAAAGUAAACACACCAGGUUUAUGUUGUUCUGUUCUGUGUGAAAGAAAGGUCACGAUGUUGUUCAAACCCUGGCAGCUUGCUGCAGUGAUCUCGUCCGCAGCAAUUGCAACCAGCGCGUCGUCACCAAUUGAGCAGGAUUUCGCCCCGGAAGACAUUAUCUCGCGUGACGUCUGCAUUCUCGGAGGCGGGGGUUCUGGGACAUAUGCUGCUAUUCGUCUGAAGGACUCGAACCACAGUGUGGUAGUUGUAGAGCGAAAUGAUUACUUGGGAGGUCACGCUGAAACCUUCUACCUUGACGACGAGAAACAAUUUAUAAACUAUGGCGUCGAAGGCGUUUUUAAUGAUGACCUUUCCAAGGAAUAUCUUGAGCGAUUGGGAGUGUCUUGGGAUUCACUUGCUUUGAGCACGUUGAUCGAUAAAUAUGUUGAUUUCAACACCGGUAAAGAAGUGUUACCACCUUCAGACCUUUUGACAACGGUAGUAGGUGCAGCUUUAUACCGACUUGCAAUUCAGAAAUAUACCACACUGGACCAAGGAGUGUACAAUUUGCCGGACCCGGUACCUGAAGAGCUCCUUGAACCGUUCAGCAAGUUUGUUGAAGAACAUGCCCUCCAGGGCGUAUUGCGCUUGGUCUUGAUGUUUGCUCAGAACGUUGGUAACAUUCUUGAUGCGCCAUUGCUGUACAUCAUUCAGAACUUUGGCGUGCCUCAUAUCAACGCUCUGCUUGAAGGGGGCUAUAUAACCCCCAAGAAUGGCAUAGCCGAGCUAUAUGACAGUGCUGCCAAAGUUCUCGGCAACGAUGUCCUCUUCCAAACCACGGCCAUCGAAACGAACCGCUCGGACUCGGGUGUCAGCAUUCUCGUCGAAAACCAUGCUGACGGCAGUCGAAAGCUGAUCAAAGCAAAGAAGCUCCUCAUUACAUUCCCACCACUUCUAGAAAGCCUGAAGGGAUUUGAUCUCGACACGAAGGAAACCGGCCUUUUUGAAAAAUGGAACUGGAUGUCUUACCAUGUAGCCAUUGUGAACAACACUGGAAUCCCAUCAGGCAUUACUGUUGGCAACGCAGACCCGAACAAUGGGCCGGCUAGUCUACCACAUACUCCAUUCCAGUGGGAACUCGAGUACCUCGGUGUCCCUGGCUAUUUGGCCAGCAAGAUUAUUGCCAACUCCAGCGUCACCGGUGAUGACGCGAAGAACCUCGUCAUUUCUGACAUCAAACGCAUGGGUGCUGUAGGCACAUUUGACGUCCCAGCUGACGGUCCGAAUAUCGUGCAGUUUGGCAGCCAUUCGCCCGAGACAUUGAUUGUAUCGACGGAUAAUAUUCGAAAUGGGUUCUAUAAGAACUUGUAUAGCUUGCAGGGCAGGCACAGCACCUUUUACACUGGACUGACGUUCUGCACUGACUACUCGUCUGUGCUGUGGGCAUACACCAACACCGUCAUUGAGAAGAUGUUUUCGUAAUGGCAUUUCGUUCACAUGUAUAUAAUGAUUUGAUAAAAGUUUUGUCAGCUGGUACACAUUCUGUUAUAGAUUUGGAAUUUUGUAGAAGAAACUUUAGUGUGCGGGUUGAUGGUUUUAUAGAAAGACAUUGGAUAAUUCUCAGUUUUUGAUGUAUCUGUGAGUCUGCUUGGUAGGUUGUGCCCUGGCCAUCUAUCUCAUUAUUCCGAUUGUGUAGUUUGAAAUUAGAAAUUAG